CAAACACUUUGUUCGUUUUUGGCCUUGAGCUAUAUUCUUACGCGAACAUCUACACAUUCUCAAUAUGUCUACCCCUACUCCUCACCAUGUUGGAGCACCAUCACUAGAAUUGAAGCUUGAUGAUAAAAAAAAGAUGGAAAUCAAACCCAAAGACCUCAGCAUCGUCUGGGGCAAAGACAAUCGAUACUGGAGCGUCCCGGAUGAUGGGACCGCGGCAGAGCUGUACCAGGUGUCGUGGCUGGAGGUGACGGGUUGCGUGAGCAAAACCGAACCGGGUAAGGAGUACGAAGUCGGGUUUAAACUAUCGUUCACGGCGGAUGCAUUCGGGUGGAGCGGCUCUCCGGUUUACAUUUUGGUGAAGAGAGGGAAAACCGCCAAAUUCAAAGGGCAUAAGUUCUCCCUCGACACCUCAAAAGAGAGCGAGGAAAUCAAGGCCAAGAUUGAUCCAAUCGAUAAUAUAACCACAGAUGAAGCUGAAGACGAAAAUUCAAAGGUUUAUUUUGGUUUGUAUGAAGUUUGGCGUGGCAAGUGGAAAGGAGGCCUCAGGAUUCAUCAUGCUUUUAUACAAGAACUCAAUUGAUUAUUUUAUCAUCAUAUGUUAAUAAUACAUUAAUAAAGGACCAUCAAAUGAUUUAUGUAUACUUGGAAACUACUUGCUAAUUUAAUAAAAUCUUAGUACAAUUUCAAAUGUUAAA